AUUCAUUCCAAAAUGUUCAAGCGCUUGGCAAAGUUUUCAAUUUUGGCUUCAGGUGCCUACGUUAAGACUCCUGUCUUUUACAGGCCCGCUGGAUUUGCUGUCCGUCACUUUGGCACGCACUCGGAGCCUUGUCACAUCUCCACCUCCUCUCUCAUAGGGCGGGUCAUGCCGAGUUUCAAGGGAAGCGCCCUGGUCAACGACGACAUCGUAGACUUUGACUCUGCAAGCUACUUCAAGGACAGCUACGGCCUCCUCAUCUUCUACCCUCUGGACUUUACCUUCGUCUGCCCGUCCGAGCUCUUGGGGUUCUCGGAGCGGAUUGCAGAGUUUGAAAAGAGGGGAAUCAAGGUCCUCGGAAUCUCAGUCGACUCCGCCUUCAGCCACAAGGCCUGGAAGGGACUGGACGCCAAGGCAGGCGGCAUCUCCAGCCUCAAGUUCCCCCUGGUCUCCGAUUUGUCAAAAAGCAUCUCGAAGGACUUUGGCCUCCUGAGGUCCGAGGGAUUUUCUCACCGUUCCUCGGUGCUCGUUGACAAGUCCGGCGUGGUCAAGCACAUUGCGCUUUUCGACCUCGGAAUUGGAAGGUCAGUGGACGAGACUCUCCGCGUAUUCGACGCCAUUCAGUUCUCCGAGAAAACCGGCAACGUAUGCCCACUCAACUGGAAGAGCGGCGACGAGGCCAUGAAACCGACUUUUGAGUCAACUCGCGACUACCUCGCCAAAAAGUUUAGCUCUUAAUUCUUAACGUAC